UCUAAGAGGCGGUGCAAGAGAUCUCGGUCAUUCGACGCAGGAACCUCCACCCUGUGAGACUCCGACGCCGAUUCUCCUCUCUCCUGCUCAGGCAUCUCCAUCCGUCCAAAAUGCGCGAGAUUGUGCAUUUGCAAGCCGGUCAGUGCGGAAACCAAAUCGGAGCCAAGGUACACAGUCUCUUAUUUGAUAGUCUAGCACGGUUUUGGUUCAUGCAGGGGCGCUUCAGUGCCGCUGAGAGGAGCCGUCUAAUCCAUCUUCCGAGAAUUCUCUAGAAUAAACCCACCCGGUGCGAUGACCUGCUUUGACUGAAGAGUGGUCGUGAAAUGAAUGAAAAUUAUUUAUUCAUGCACAGAAGCUUCUCUCAUUGAUUCUUCCAUAAGGACACCUGAUUUUCUGCAGCUAUAAAUCAGUGCGAUGAUGCAAAAAAAACUUAAUACGCUUAAGAGUUUGAUCAGCUUUUUGUUUCUCUGAAAUUUGUUAGAAUUCUGCAAGCCGUGAUAUAGGAGAUUAUUGGUAGAAAUAAUGUAACCAUUGUGCAUUGUAGAUCAGCUCCCCCUCCCCCUUCACAUUUAUGACCUAUUUAUACCUAUGAUUCUUUACAACCCAGUUGUUUACGAGAAAUGAUAACUUAUCCAUUCAUUUCAGUGUCAGUAAAACCAAUUCUAUGGCGUUUUGGUCUUCUUUGAGCUCCCAUAUGUUCUUGUCACAUCAAAGUUAAUGUUACUUAUCAGAUUACUGCAAUCAGCUUGAUUCCUCUUGAGACUGUCUGCAUUUCAGACUAAUAGAUUGCACUAUUAACCUGCAUUAGAGACUUAAAUACUCUUGCAGCCUCUCUCCAAUAAUCGGCCUACUUUAAGAGAGCGUAAUUUUAUUGGGGCGAUUGGAAGUUUGGUAGCAAAUUUUGCCAUAAUUUACAUUUUACCUUCCAGGCAAAAUAACAUCUGCUUCCCCCUCCUCACGGCCCACACCCAUUUUUUUCCUCAGUUCUGGGAGGUGAUCAGCGACGAACACGGCAUUGAUCCCACUGGCACCUACCAUGGAGACAGCGAUCUGCAGCUAGACAGGAUCAGCGUCUACUACAAUGAGGCCACAGGUGAGUCCUCCUUCUGAAUGUAUUGCAUGUGUGUACAGCAAAAAUUUCCAAUAUUGUGUUCUCUUUUGCUUGCUCCUAGGUGGAAAGUACGUGCCCCGUGCCAUUCUGGUGGAUCUGGAGCCAGGGACGAUGGACUCAGUCAGAUCUGGUCCUUUUGGGCAGAUUUUCAGACCUGACAACUUUGUCUUUGGUAAGCCGCGUUCAUUCAGUGAAGAUGUGCUUUCUUCUCUUGACAUCAGAUCUGAUUUCCUAUAUCAGUGAGCUCUGAUAAUCUUGAUUUUAGGUCAGAGUGGAGCUGGAAACAACUGGGCCAAGGGACACUACACCGAGGGAGCAGAGCUUGUGGAUUCAGUCCUAGAUGUGGUGAGGAAAGAGGCUGAGAGCUGUGAUUGCCUCCAGGGUUUCCAGCUUACCCACUCCCUGGGUGGUGGCACUGGCUCUGGCAUGGGCACCCUGCUCAUCAGCAAGAUCCGUGAGGAGUACCCCGACCGCAUCAUGAACACCUUCAGCGUGGUGCCUUCUCCUAAGGUGUCUGACACUGUGGUCGAGCCCUACAAUGCCACUCUCUCCGUCCACCAGCUUGUAGAGAAUACAGAUGAGACCUACUGCAUUGACAAUGAAGCUCUCUAUGAUAUCUGCUUCCGCACGCUCAAACUCACCACCCCCACUUACGGAGAUCUCAACCACUUGGUGUCUGCCACAAUGAGCGGGGUGACCACCUGCCUGCGUUUCCCUGGACAGCUCAACGCUGACCUCCGUAAACUAGCUGUCAACAUGGUGCCAUUCCCACGUCUGCACUUCUUCAUGCCUGGCUUCGCCCCCCUCACCAGCAGGGGCAGCCAGCAGUAUCGCGCCCUCUCUGUGCCUGAGCUCACCCAGCAGAUGUUUGACGCCAAGAACAUGAUGGCCGCGUGCGAUCCACGUCACGGCCGCUACCUCACCGUGGCCGCAGUGUUCCGGGGCCGCAUGUCCAUGAAGGAGGUGGAUGAGCAGAUGCUGAAUGUGCAGAACAAGAACAGCAGCUACUUCGUCGAGUGGAUCCCCAACAAUGUGAAGACCGCCGUCUGUGACAUCCCACCCCGUGGCCUCAAAAUGGCUGCCACUUUUAUCGGCAACAGCACAGCCAUCCAGGAGCUCUUCAAGCGCAUCUCCGAGCAGUUCACUGCCAUGUUCCGCCGUAAGGCCUUCCUCCACUGGUACACCGGUGAGGGCAUGGAUGAGAUGGAGUUCACUGAGGCCGAGAGCAACAUGAACGACCUGGUGUCCGAGUACCAGCAGUACCAGGAUGCUACCGCCGAGGAGGGCGAGUUUGAGGAGGAGGGAGAGGAAGAGGUCGCCUAAAACCUCGGUCAACCCGGUUUCAAAACCACAUUUCAUAUCAUCCAUCCCACGAGUUUAUCCAUUUCAUCCCUCUUCCUCAUAAAUCGAAAGGUCCGCCACGCUCUGGAAAACUGUUACCAUCUUGAUUGCUGUUGCUCUAGUGUUAGACUUUGAUGUUAACUGAUACUAGUGAAGUUUGGUUUGAUUAUUUUUAAUGUUUUGUGAAUGCACUGAACUCUUUCACCCUUUUUCAUCUGUCCUGUGAUUGCAAAUCCCAAGAAGCAAGUGAUUUAACUGUGAAGCUCUGAAAUUGGAGGAUUAUUAAAAUCUGAUAAGAAAAGACCUUU